AUGGCGCCGAAGUCGAAACUCCCCGAGAAGAAGCAGCAGUCACUCACCAACUUCUUUCAACCCAAGACUGUCAAUGGUCUUGCCGCCGCCUUCCAAAAGUCCCAGUCCGAAUCCCGAACGAGGCCGUCCGAGUCUCCAGAGGCUUCACGCAAGCGACCUCUAGUAGAGGAUGCAGACAAGGUCCACAAUGGCUUAGAAAAGAACCCCAAGAGGACAAAGAGGGGGAAGGAGGAGAAUUCAGAUGCUACAGACGAGGAGGAAGACCCUGUCUUCGCUCCAGGAGCCAAACAGCCUGCGGCCGAGCUCAAUUCCAAGGCGUCUACGGCUGCCAAUCGGGCAGGACGGUUCACGUACAGCCAGACCUCAGAUGUAAAUGCUGAUGAGGAGGAUAAUGAAGACCCAUCCACGAAAAAACGCAAGGAGGAGCUGCACAACAAGUUCGUGAAGAAGCUGGGCCACCCAGACAGCAUGCUUUGGCGGCGGCGGAGGGAGGACGACAACGAAGCUGCUGAGGGAGAAGAGGGCGAGGAGGACGAUGAAGACGAGGCCCCUCCGGCGCCCAAGGCUAAGAAGGGAGGCGCAAGAGCGAACAAGAAGCUCACGCCAAUGGAGCUUCAGUUCCUCGAAAUCAAACGCAAGCAUCUCGACACUGUGCUCAUCGUCGAGGUUGGCUACAAGUUCCGGUUCUUUGGGGAGGACGCACGCAUUGCUGCCAAGGAGCUCAGCAUCGUCUGCAUUCCGGGCAAGUACCGCUACGACGAGCACUCUUCGGAGGCACACUGGGACCGGUUUGCCUCGGCGAGCAUUCCGGUACACCGGCUGCCCGUCCACGCCAAGCGUCUCGUCGCUGCUGGCCACAAGGUCGGGGUGGUCCGCCAGAUCGAAACGGCUGCUCUCAAGAAGGCUGGCGACAACCGCAACGCACCGUUCAUCCGUAAGUUGACCAACGUCUACACCAAAGGUACCUAUAUCGACGAGAACGGAGAGUUGGAAACCGGUGGCGAUGGAGGUGCUCCGUCAGGGGGCUACCUACUGUGUAUUACCGAGACCCCGACAAAUGGGCAGGGCACGGAUGAGAAGGUCGAGGUCGGAAUAGUUGCCGUGCAACCGACGACCGGGGAUAUCAUCUACGACACCUUCGAGGAUGGCUUCAUGCGAAGUGAGAUCGAGACACGGCUUCUUCACAUCUCCCCUUGCGAGUUCGUUAUCGUCGGUGACCUCACCAAGGGAUCCGAUAAGCUCGUGCAACAUCUCUCUGGGAGCAGCACAAAUGUUUUUGGAGACCGCAGCCGUGUCGAGCGCGUCCCUCGCACCAAGACCAUGGCCGCCGAGGCAUACUCGCACAUCACACAGUUCUACGCAGACAAGCUGCAGCAAACUCCGGACGCCGCCGCCUCGUCUCUCCUUGAGCGUAUCCUCCACCUCCCUGAACCCGUCACUAUCUGCCUUUCCGCCAUGAUCAACCAUCUCAAGGAGUAUGGCCUCGAACACGUCUUCGAUUUAACCAAGAACUUCACCAGCUUCUCGGCACGUCAGCAUAUGCUCCUGAACGGAACAACGCUUGAGGCCCUUGAGGUCUAUCGCAAUGCUACCGACCACUCUGAGCGUGGCUCUCUCUUCUGGGCCCUGGACAAGACGACCACCCGCUUCGGCCAGCGCCUGCUCCGUAAAUGGGUGGGCCGGCCGCUUCUCGACGUCUCCCGCCUCGAAGAACGCGUCGCCGCCGUUCAGGAACUCGUCGAUGAGCAAUCCUCCGCCAAGGUCGACCGCUUAGUGGCGCUGCUUUCCGGCACCAAGACCGACCUCGAGCGCAGUCUGAUCCGCAUCUACUACGGCAAAUGCACCCGUCCAGAGCUCCUCUCCGUCCUCCAAACACUUCAACGUAUUGCCAUGCAAUACUCGACUGUAAAGUCGGCUGAUGCCACGGGCUUUACCUCUCCGCUCAUCUCCUCUGCCAUCCUCUCCCUCCCUCACAUCCUUGACCUGGUCGUCUCGUACCUUGACAAGAUCAACCCGGAGGCUGCUCGGAAGGAUGACAAGUACAACUUCUUCCGUGAGUCCGAACAAACCGAGGACAUUGAAGACCACAAAAUGGGCAUCGUCGCUGUCGAGCAGUCCCUCGACGAACACCGUUCCGAGGCUGCCUCCUCCCUCUCGCGUAAGAAACCCGUCGACUACGUCACCGUGUCGGGCAUUGAGUACCUCAUCGAGGUCAACAACACAGACCUCAAAUCCAUUCCCGCCUCCUGGAUCAAGAUUUCGGGCACCAAGAAGCUUUCACGCUUCCACACACCCGCCGUCGUCCGCCUCAUCGCUGAACGUGACCAGCAUCGCGAGGCCCUUGCCGCCGCCUGCGACGCUGCCUUCACCUCCCUCCUCCACACCAUUGCGGACGCAUACCAGCCUCUCCGCGACGCAGUCUCCUCCCUCGCGACCCUUGACUGCCUUCUCUCCCUUUCCCGCGUCGCUGCCCUCCCCGGCUACACCAAACCGACCUUCCUCCCCGCCCCGACCCAGCCCACAAUCUCAAUCACCCAAGGCCGCCACCCGAUCGCCGAACACACUCUCUCGGAUCCCUACAUCCCUUUCACGACGAGCCUCUCCUCCCCGUCCCCGCUGGCGCACCUCAUCACGGGCCCCAACAUGGGCGGAAAGUCCUCUUUUGUCCGCGCUGUGGCCCUCCUCGUCCUCCUCGCUCAGAUCGGCUCCUUCGUCCCCGCCGACGAGUUCUCCCUGACCCUCGCCGACGCGAUUCACGUCCGCAUGGGUGCCCGCGACAACCUCGCCGCGGGCGAGUCCACCUUCAUGGUCGAGGUCUCGGAGACGGCCCGCAUCCUUCGCGCCGCCACCCCGCGCUCCCUCGUCGUCCUCGACGAGCUCGGCAGGGGCACUUCGACCCACGACGGCGCCGCCAUUGCCCACGCCGUCCUCGACCAUGUCGUCCGUGAGAACAGGUGCCUCACUCUCUUCAUCACGCAUUACCAGAACCUCGCCCGCCUGGCCGAUGGCAUCGGCGAGGGCCUUGUCAAGAACGUUCACAUGCGCUUCACAGCGACACGUAAAGCUGGGACGGAGGAGGGAGACGGGGACGAGGGCGGUGAGGACGCGGGUGCCGACGAGGAAAUCACCUUCCUGUAUGAAGUCGGAGAAGGCGUUGCGCACAGGUCAUAUGGAUUGAACGUCGCACGUCUGGCCCGGAUACCCCGCAAGGUCAUCGAAGUGGCCGCGCAAAAGUCGCGCGAAAUGGAGCAAAACGUAGCAGCGCGAAGACUAAGGAGCACAGCCCGUCUCCUUGCUGAGGUGAUGGAGAACCAACCGGAUCAGCUUGACCAUUUAAUCUCGAACAUAGACCAACUCUAG